CUGGUAUUUGGCUUUCGAGUCUCUUGCGGUGCAGUAAGAGCAACAGCAACAGCAGCAGCAGCGUUCAGCAAACAGAAAAACAACACCAGGCGAAAAACACGAAUAUACCGAGUUGAAAAACCGUUGUGAAAAGAAAACAAAAGAAACACACAAAAAAGAAGAAAAAAACCGAGACCAAACAAAACAAGCAAAGAAAAAUUGUACUCGGCACAGACUUUUAAUUAUUUUUUACCCCUACCCCCCCAACUUGUUAUCGUUGCUUCAAUAAUUCCAUUGAAGCUCCCAUUGCGCUCUUUUUUUUUGUUGUGUGACUUUUCUUUAAAUUGUCUACAAAAAAAAGACAACAUAAUUAGUGCAAAACUAAGACGCGUGUUGCGUUUGUUUUUUUGUGUCGCGCACAUCAGCAACAGCAAAAAAUAUCGAAUUGGAAAAAUCGAAAAAAAAGAAAAGAAAACUGCCGAGGGGGGAAAAAUCGCGCGCGCACUGCAAGUGUGAAUUUUGAGUGAAAGUUACGCGUGCGUGUGCAUCACAGACACACACACACACAGUCUAAGCGCCACGCCCACGCGCGCCCACAAACAACAACAAAUCAUAGCAACACAAUGAACCGAUCAAACAGUUUUGUCAGCUCAUUGAAAUGGUGGCCACUGCAGGGCCACAACAAUCAAGCGACAGCCGCAACGCCAGCAGCGCCCUCUGGCGGCAACGUUUAUUCCCAAUCAGCGCCCAGCUCUCCCACAUCUAAUUGGCCGCCAUCGCUGCAGCAGCAUCAGCAUAAGCUUAACGUUGGCGGCGUCGGCGCUGCCGCCAAUGUAAGCGCAACGUUCGGCAGCAGCGUCGCCGUACAAAAGCUGCGCGAAUCGAAAUGGUUCAAGCCCGAAGAGCAGCGCAUUUUCUGCGCCGUCGUCGAAUGCGGCUUCAUUGUGGAGGUGCGCAGCAGUGCCGCUGCCGAAGCAGCUGCAGCAGCAGCAGCCGCCGCCGCAGCAGCAGCUGCGGCCAGCGAUGCCGAUUCCCUGGACAUCGAUUGUCCAGCACUGAUGACAUUGGCACCGCCGUCACUCAUAAUACCACGCAACGGCAGCAGCAGCAUUAGUUUCCUUGAGGCGCAGGAUGAGAACGAGACGCCGGUGGCAUCGUGGUAUGGCAUCGUUCUCUGCAAGGUGGCCAAAGAUAACAAACCAAAACCGGAUACCAUUGAGAUAUUUUCUGUGAAAAUACGCGAAAAUGGCACAUACAAGCUGAUCAAAAUGUCAUUGGCCGACAUCUGGAGCCAUGGCUGGGAGUUGCGCAUCAAUAAUUUCGCAGACAAGGAGAAGAUGCCACACAACGAGAAGGACAUACGCAAUCAGGUGUCACUGGCACGCAAAGCCAGACAAAGUCUGUGGAAUAAUAACAAGCAUUUUGUGUAUUGGUGCCGUUAUGGAAGUCGCCAGCAGGAUGUGCGCAAGCGACAGAUGUCCGAGUGCGUGAAAUGGGGCAGCGUUGGCAUGAAUGCGGGCAUGUUGCUGGUGCUCAAUAAUAGGCAAAAAAGCUACUCCCACUCAAAGUAACUAACACACCACACACACACACACAAACAUAGACACAAAUAUACUCUCUUUUUAUUGUUGCGAUCACACACACACAUACAUACAUUCAGCUGCUAAUUCUUCUGCUUUGUCAACAAAGCAAAUUGUGAUAAAACAGCAAACACACACACACACAUAUAUACAUAUAUUUAUUUAUUAGAAACAGCUCAAGAAAGAGCGAGACAGCAAGAGAGCAGGCUCCAAAUUUGUUAUUUCAAAAGCAAAAAAAAACAUAAAAUGAAAAAAAAAAAACCAAUUCACAAUCAAUUUCCAAGUCCCAAAGCGUGCAUCACUCACACAUACACACACAUACACACACUUUGUUCAUUUGCUGUUGCAACUUGAGCUACAAUUUAUGCAAAAUACGAAUUGUAUUUACAUUUUUGUACAAUUGACAGAGAGAGAGACACACUGUGAAAUUCGAAAAGACUUAUUAACAAUUUGUUGAUUUUUUUUUAAUAUUAUUAUUACUAUUAUUAUUAUUAUUAUCGUAUAAACUAUUAUAUAAUGCCUAUUAUAUUAUAUUAUGUUGUAAUAGGAAUAAAAACAAAUACCAUAUGCAGGCACAUUCUAUAUUCUCCAAUUUUUAUUUGUUUUCUUUGGCAAACAAAAACGAAAUCAAAAUCACAAAGUCAAACAAAAGCAAAAGCAAAGCAACAAAUUGCUGCAUACUUUUGUGCGCGUCGCUUUAAUCCUGUAUAUACAUACAUACUAUGUUACGUAUAUGAUAGGACAACAACAAAAACCCACACAAACAUCACAGCUGCUACAUUCACACAUUACGUAACGUCACGUAACGUAACGUUUGGAUACGUCAAACAUAUUUAGCGCGUAAGCAAAUUUAGAUCUUUUUUUUUCGUUUUAAUCUUUAAGCGCGGUUUAUACACAAACAAUAUUUAUAUGCAAAAAAAAAAAAAAGAAGAAAACAAAAACGUUUGUAAAAUACUUUACCUAUAUAUAUAUAUAUAUAUUUGGAUAUUAUUAAAUGUUUGACAAACACA